AUGACCAUGAAGAGUGUGGGAAGUGCAGUUCUUAAGAUGGUUGAGGAGGUUCGCAGACAGUUCAACACCAUUCCAGGUCUGAUAGAGGGCCUCGCCAAGCCUGAUUAUGCCACUUGUGUCAAGAUCUCUACUGAUGCAUCCAUUAAGGAGAUGAUUCCACCUGGUGCCCUUGUCAUGCUCACACCCCUUAUCGUUGGGACCUUCUUUGGCGUGGAGACUCUAUCUGGAGUCCAGAUAGCAAUCUCUGCUUCUAUCACUGGCGGUGCAUGGGAUAAUGCCAAGAAGUACAUUGAGGCUGGUGCUUCCGAGCAUGCAAGGACCCUUGGCCCAAAGGGGUCUGAUCCACACAAGGCAGCUGUGAUUGGUGACACCAUUGGAGACCCACUGAAGGACACCUCAGGCCCAUCGCUCAACAUCCUUAUCAAGCUCAUGACAGUGGAGUCUCUCGUCUUUGCUCCCUUUUUUGCCACUCAUGGUGGGUUGCUUUUCAAGAUCUUCUGAGGAAUUGGAUGAUGAAAAAUACAUGGGCAAAGGGGUGAUUAGCUCUUUUUUCCCCAAUAUUUAUUGGGCACCUCUCACCAAUUCAUCUAAUCUCCAUAUCCAUCCAUCCCGACAUUGUGGGUUUUUCAAGUUAGUUUCUAUGUUUAGGGAAAUAUUAUUUUUGAAGGGCUGAUGAUGAUGAUGAUGAUAAAUCAUGAUUGGUAAGGGAGGACAGGCAAAAUGGUUUUAACUGUCACAGAAGAGUCAGGACGGUAGUGUGUUACUUUUCUUUAUACCUCUUUUUAGAACAGCUCUGUUUCUAAUUUCCUUGUAACCUUACCCUUUUUUCCAUUAAAAGCAAGGAGAACAUGUUCAUCAAUUUUGGGUAUUUUUGCUGUCCAUCAAUGGAGCUUUGUAGUUUUUGUUUGGGUUAAAUGCGUGCAGGGCCUAGGUAGAUGGAAAAUGAUGCCGGUCUUUUUUAACUCUUGGAUUUUAGCUUUAUCA